AUGGUCAAGGCUUCCUGCAGCAAGAAAGCUGGUUCGAGCUCGAGCCACACUUCGGACUCUGCCACAGCACCGCCGUUGAAACAGGUGAAAGCACUCCAAUCAGCGCUCGUAUCGUCUUCGGACCUCAACCCGCUCUCUGAGCUUCUCACACUCUCGAAGCAACUUGCAAACGUCGGUGAUGAUCGCCCAGCAAAUGAGAGGAAGGACGCAGCAGUCGCGGUUCAUCGUGCACUCGUUGUACUCGUGAAAUCCAUCAAAUCGCUCAGCGCCGAGGAUAGGAUUCCUUUCGAUAAGGAUGUUGACCAGGACGGGUACAUCCUAUCGUACGGCGCCAAGGCUAGCAACAACGCCACAGCCUCUUCUGAAAACGCCAAGCAAGCACAAGCGAAAGUGACAGACUGGUUGCGAAUGCGUUGGAACGAGACAAUCGAGCUCCUCUGUGGUCUUCUCGGUCAUCCGGUCGAAAGCCUUCGUCUCGAAGCUCUGCAGAUGCUGAUGGAUCUACAGACAACUGCAUCCUCGUCACUCACGCGUAUCUCGGCCGCUUCAGCCGCUGCAAAGACCCAGGCAAAAAUCACGUCUGCUAGCAACAAGGAUUCUCCCGAAUCCGUGCAAGCCACAUCAGCCUUGUGGUCGGCUUCGCCAUGGCGCGCGCUAUCGCUUGCUCUCAUCGCCGGACCUCCAAGUCUCUUAAAGCUUGGAAGCGGUGAUGCAGGUACAAGGUAUACGGUCGUCCGUGUACAUUCAGGAGUCCCGGAGGAUGUAAGGAACCAAUUCGUUCAAAUUGGCUUGCACAAGUAUGACGAUGUUCGUUUUGCCACUUUGCGCGAGAUCAGCCAUGCGCUGCGAAAGCCUUCGCCGAGCUUCGCUGGUAGCACUCUGUUGCGAGCACAUACGCUGGCACUCUUGAUACAGCUCACGGCUAUUCCGACCACAUCGGAUGAUCUCAACCAGUUUUUGGUCGAUGAACUCUCUACACCACCUCUUGGGGCAGCCGGAACGAAGAAGAUGAAGAAGAAAAAGAGCGCAGGUGGUGGCAUCGCGAACGACGAAAAUCGUGCAGUCAUCGACGAUGGAGAUUCAGAGGCAGAAGAAGAGCAAGAAGACGACAUGACAGGCUGGUUCUCGGAUUCUGACGAAGAACGUGGAGCCCAAGCAGGAGCUACAGCGGGUGAGCAGCGACGAGCAGCAGACAAGAAGGCUGUGGGUGGUCUCGGUUCUGCUGCGCGCUCUGCGGCUGCCAGAAAACGCAGGCAAAAGACGUUCCACCAAGCACUGCACAGCAUCGGUGCUCAACGUAGCGCCUUCUCUGCUGCCUGGCUCGACGUCCUGCUGCCCCGACGCCAGACUGCCGACUCGGCCGCAGCCGCCGGUGUCGCAAAAGGCUCGAUCGUCGGUGGUGACCUCAGCCUGGUUGCCACACACGAAGUGCUAGUUCGUUUGCACGCCCAGAUCCUUCCACAUCUCACCAAACCCACCAUGCUGCACGACUUUCUCGUUUCGUGUCUCGACUCUAGUGGAGCCACUGCCCUUCUUGCGCUCAAUGCCAUCUUUACCCUGGUCACCAAACACAACCUCGACUACCCGCACUUCUACAAUCGACUCUACGCCAUGCUCGAUGCAUCCGUACUGCACAUGAAGUACCGAGCGCGAUUCUUGCGAUUGCUCGAAACAUUUCUGUCCUCAACACAUCUAUCCUCGACGCUUGUAGCGAGUUUCGUCAAGCGUCUGUCGCGAUUGAGCCUGCGCGCGCCACCUGCCGCCAUCGCUUCGGUCGUACCUUUUGUCUACAACCUGCUCAAGAAACACCCACGAUGCUUGUCCAUGGUGCACAAAGAAUGGGAUGGUGACCGACUCAAUAUUGGCCCUGCUGGUGUUUCGGAUCCUUUCAACGCGCAUGAAUCUGAUCCGCUUCUCACGCACGCGCUCGACAGCUCGCUCUGGGAGCUAGCCUCAUUUGGUGCUGCCGCGGCUGCGCGUGGCAAUAGUGGCGGUCCGGCGAUGCGCAGUGACCAAGUCAGCAAUCUUGCCGGAGAAGCACACUUUUUGGGAUCGGUGACGAGUCUCGCGCACAUCUUGGCCGAACCGUUCACCAGAGAACGCUACAGCUUGGACGAUUUCCUCGACAUCACCUAUGCAACCUUGUUCGAAACCGAGACGCGCAAGACGUUGAAAAAGCCUCAAGAUGGCCGAAAGCGCGCCCCUGCACUAGCGUAUAGCUUGCCUGGAGGGUUUGGUGCUGGUGGAUCGACCGAUACCACAGCGCAUAACCGAGUGGAUAUUUUCCCGAGUGAAAGCGGCAGGACGCGCGCGAAACACUCGUUGGCGGAAGCACAGAGCGAGGAAGAGAAGGAGAUUGAAAGAGAACGUGCGGAACGCAAGCGUAGAUUAGGCGAGGUGGGUGGUGAGCACGACGAGGAGGACGACGAGGAAAGAGAAGCACGCGAAGCCAUAGAAGAGUUGAAGCGCACCGAGAGGGCCAAAAAGCGUAAAGUGGACCAGACAGGCACUCACGACGUCUGCGCUACGCUGUUCAGUUUUGCUUGA